AUGUCGACAAAGACAUCAAAUGGCAAUGGCAACGGCAAAAAAAGGGCGUCGGCUGCCACAAACCUCAUAGCCGGCGGUGGCGCGGGUAUGAUGGAAGCCCUCGUUUGCCAUCCAUUAGACACAAUCAAAGUCCGGAUGCAAUUAUCACGAAGAGCAAGGGCACCUGGUGUCAAACCGCGCGGAUUUAUCACUACUGGAGCCGAGAUCGUCAGGCGAGAGACCGCUUUGGGUCUGUACAAAGGUCUCGGAGCAGUAUUGGGUGGUAUCGUCCCGAAGAUGGCGAUUCGAUUCACAUCAUACGAGUGGUAUAAGGCGCUCAUGGCCGAUGAGAAUGGUCAUGUCACCCGUCGAGCCACAUUCUUGGCCGGUCUUGCUGCAGGUGUAACCGAAGCCGUGGCCAUCGUCAACCCCAUGGAAGUCAUCAAAAUCCGUCUCCAAGCCCAACACCACUCCCUCGCCGAUCCCCUCGACACACCCAAAUACCGCAGCGCACCGCACGCCCUAUUUACCGUUGUCCGCGAAGAAGGUUUCGGCGCAUUGUACCGCGGCGUCACCCUCACGGCAUUGCGACAAGGCACAAACCAAGCAGCCAACUUCACAGCUUACACCGAACUGAAAUCGGCCCUGCAAAGGUGGCAACCGGAAUAUGCCAACAGCGAGCUUCCGUCGUGGCAAACUACCAUUAUCGGACUCAUCUCAGGAGCAGUCGGACCGUUCACGAACGCGCCGAUUGAUACCAUCAAGACUCGCCUGCAACGGACGCCAGCCGAACCAGGACAGACGGCGCUUGGUAGGAUCACGAUGAUAGCCGGGGAGAUGUUCAAGCAGGAAGGCGCCAGGGCGUUUUACAAGGGUAUCACGCCGCGGGUGAUGCGUGUUGCUCCAGGACAGGCGGUGACGUUUACGGUGUAUGAGUAUUUGAAGGGGAAGUUGGAGAAUAGUCGGUGGUCCAUAGUUGGGGGGGGGAAGUACGAGGAGUAA